GAGACAGGCCUGUCAAGGACAAGAUUUUCUGUACCAUAAAUAAAAUUCAGUUUUAUUUCAAAAAUCCAUCAUUUUGCAAAAAGAAAAAAAAAACCUCUUCAAAAGAGAACAAUCAUCCCAACUUUCUUUCAAAAAUACAUGUAAUUUGUUUGAAAAAGACUGAAUCUUUCUCUAUCUUCUCAUCUUGUUUUGGUGCCUACCUUUUUUUUCAAACAUUUUGACAAAUAUUUCCCUUUCUUACCACUAAUUCAACUCCCCCAAAGGUAUAAACUUGUGAAAUAAGCUUCCCUUUUUCUUCGAAUUCCUCUGUUUUUCUUUCUCAAAAAUCCAUGCUUAGUUCCAAAUUAAUGGUGGUGCAGUAAAUUAAUUAUACUAUACAGAAGUAAUUUGCAUGGCGUCGAGUCACAGGCUUGGAGAAACUGGUUUAUCACAAUCAGGUCCAUCAUCAAAUCAUCACAACAUUCCUUUCGCGAUUCCUCCUCAUCAUCAUCACCACCAUCAUCAUCUUCAUGGGAUCAACCCUAAUACUACAACUAAUCCUUUCAUGAAUCAAGGAGGACCCUCAUUUGAUUUUGGGGAGCUCGAACAAGCUAUUGUCCUGCAAGGAGUUAAGAUUGGACAUCAUGAUCAACCAAAACCAUCUUUAUUUACAAAUGGAAGCAGACCUGCAGCAACUCUGGAGAUGUUCCCUUCUUGGCCAAUGAGGAUUCAACAAACCACCAGAGGAAGUUGUUCAAAGUCAGGAGGAGAAAGUACAGAUGAUUCAGGAUCAGGAAUUAACACCCUUUCAUCAAGUCAAGCUGAUACACAUUUAGAACAACCAGAAUCUCCUAUUAGCCGAAACCAACAACAGCAACAACAACAUCAACAUCUACAAGGUGGUAGUUUUCAACAACAGCAGCAACCAGUAAUGGCAACUGAUAGCUCCAACAGAACUGGAUUAUCCCAAAAUCCAUCAGCUCUUAAACAACCUCAAGAAAAGAGGCAUGGUGGAACAAAAUCAAAUAAACCGCUUGAUGCUAAGACACUUCGGCGUUUGGCUCAAAACAGAGAAGCAGCAAGGAAAAGCCGACUAAGGAAGAAGGCUUAUGUACAACAGCUAGAAUCAAGCAGGAUUAAGCUAGCACAACUAGAGCAAGACCUUCAAAGAGCUAGAGCACAGGGAUUUUUCAUGGGUGGAGGUGGAGCUGGUGGUGCUCCUUCAAACAUGAGCUCAGUUGAUGGUGUUGCAGGAGCAGCUAUAUUUGACAUGGAGUAUGCAAGAUGGCUGGAAGAUGAUCAUAGACACACGUCAGAACUCCGAGGUGCUCUACAUGCACAUUUAUCAGAUGGAGAUCUUAGGAUUAUAGUGGAUGCUUAUAUCAACCAUUAUGAUGACAUCUUUCGCCUCAAAGGAGUUGCUGCCAAAUCCGAUAUCUUUCACCUCAUUACCGGAAUGUGGACUACUCCUGCAGAGCGUUGUUUCCUUUGGAUGGGUGGUUUUAGGCCCUCUGAACUCAUCAAGAUGUUAACAGCACAGUUAGACCCAUUGACGGAGCAGCAGUUAAUGGGGAUCUACAGUCUACAACACUCCUCACAACAGGCGGAAGAGGCUCUAACACAAGGUCUAGAUCAGCUACAGCAGUCUUUGGUUGAUACCAUUGCAACUAGUACUGUUACUGAUGGCAUGCAUCAAAUGGCUAUCGCUUUGGGCAAGCUUUCUAAUCUUGAAGGCUUUAUUCGUCAGGCUGAUAAUUUGAGACAACAAACCCUUCAUCAACUACGUAGAAUAUUGACAAUUCGACAAGCUGCUAGAUGCUUUCUGGUCAUUGGAGAAUACUAUGGCCGGUUGCGUGCUCUAAGUUCCCUUUGGGCUUCGCGUCCUAGAGAGCACAUGAUGAAUAACGAUAAUUCAUGUCAAACAGCCCCAGAUAUGCAAAUGGUGCAACCUCCACAUCAUAAUCAUUUCUCGCCGUUUUAGAAUGAACAAGGGUGGGCAUCAAGUACAGUCAUGGUGGUGGCUAGCUAGCCCCAUCAGAAUCAUUUCCUCCAGCUUCAACCAGGAAUAGAUUUUAUUUUAUUUUAAUUUCUUAUGUUUUUAUUAAAAAUCCAUUAUCCUAUCAGGUUAUCUUUCACUUGUAAAUCAAAAAAAGGAAGCUUCUCCCUCCUCCGCCGCCCCCGGCCCUUCCCCAACCAAACAAAGCAACAAUGUAAAUUAAUUAAGGUGUAGGUGCGAUUAUAAAUCAUAUUAUUUGAAAUAUAAUUCGCGCUAGCUUUAUCUU